UCUGUUAACGUUAUUUGCUUUUUUCCUCUCUCUCUCUCUCUCUCCAAUGAUCUUAUCUUCAUCUGCCUCCUAUUAUCCUCUCUCCAGCUUGCACUACUCCAUGUUCAUGCCUCUCUCUCUCCUAUUUCCCCUCACCAGUACUUAUUAUCCUUUCUUCUCCAUAUAUGGUAAAACCUAGAAUUCACACAAGUCUGUCUUGUCACCACUGAAGCCGAGGCCUGCAGUUUAAAGAACCCCAGGCUAUGCGGGAAAAGUGUUUGUGUUGUUGGAUGAUGAGGUAUAGUAACCCUCCAAUUGGUUGAGUAAACUUCAGUGUGCAGCAGAAGCUCUAAGCAAUUUUUUCUGUGGUGGAGAACUUGAGAUUUUCAGUAUCUCUGAGUCUCUGUAUAUAAAAAGUCCUUACCUGGCAUGGUCAUGAGUUAUGGUACUCAUGAUCUGUUCAUCUCUAAGCUCUGCGUGAUAGUCAUUAAUUGUACUGGAAAAGCAAUGGCUUAUCGACCAGCCCACUUACUCGAUUGAGGGACACGUCUCAACUCUGCAGCAGUUUUCCGGAGUACUGCUUGAGAGGAAAUCAAAAUCUUUACUUCACUAGCAUGAAGUCCCUGAAUUUUAACCUUGAGUCUGAAGAUGAAUCUGAAGUCAGUAGCCAAGUGGCUUCCAAUGUAUCCAUCCAAGAAAUUCCUCCAGGUCAUUCCAAGGAAACCAAUGCCACUUUGUCUGGCCUUACAGACCCGAUCAGCCUUCAGAACGACUCGAUGCCCAUUACUCUUGACCUGACACUUGGUUUCAACAGCAGUGAUGCUGAGUUGAAUGGUAUGGGCCAAACUAGUGGUCAUCCUCCAGUAGUAUCUAGAGUCUUCUCCUGUAACUACUGUCGGCGAAAAUUUUACAGCUCGCAGGCUCUGGGAGGACAUCAGAAUGCGCACAAGAGAGAGAGGACACUUGCAAAACGGGCUAUGCGGAUGGGCAUGUUAUCCGAUCGAUAUGCUAGUUUGGCUUCUCUACCUCUUCACGGAUCUGCAUUUCGAUCUCUAGGAAUCGAAGCACAUGCUUCCAUGCAUCAACAAGUUGUACAACAAGAGAGGCCUAUACAUGGGGUAAGAGGAGGAGCAAGGUUUAAUCACGGUUAUUACGGGUUGCCACUAUAUAUGGAGGAUGAUGAAGUAGAAAUGUAUUGGCCUGGAAGCUUUCGACAAAUUGAGGGACAUAAUGGCAAUAAUCUGGGGAUUCAUUCAGGACAAAAUUCCAACAUAAAUAUUGUAGCAAUGGUUCCACCUCCUCCAAGGACAGAUUCCUCCUUGCCUGAUCUAAAUUUAAAAUUAUAAAUUUAUAACAAGAUUUCUUAUUCGAGUUUCUGUGUCAUUUUCUUUUAACUUGUGACUUCAAUUAUAUGUCAAAUUGUACAGGGAGAUUGAGUAUUAGAGAUGAACGUCGGAUCCUGAUUUUCCCUCUACUUUUGACAUUUUUUCCAAGUUUAUAUCCCCCAGUUCAUGUAUGACUUGAUGAUGCAAUGGAUAUUAGAUUUGCAGUUUGGAAUAAAA